AUGAGUGAUGCUGAAAUGGAAAUAUUUGGGGUUGCCGCCCCGUACCUGCGCAAGUCAGAACGGGAGCGAAUCGCAUCCCAGAACAAACCCUUUGAUGCCAAAACAUCAUGCUUUGUGGCGGACCCAAAGGCUGAGUAUGUGCGGGGAAAAAUCAAGAGCCAAGAUGCCACUAAUGUGACUGUGGAGACUGAAGAUGGGAGGAUGGUCACGGUGAAGCCGGAUGAUGUCCGUCCCAUGAAUCCUCCAAAGUUUGAUAAGAUUGAGGACAUGGCCAUGCUGACCCACCUCCACGAGCCAGCUGUGCUGUUCAACCUGAAAGAACGUUAUGAAGCCUGGAUGAUCUACACCUACUCUGGGCUCUUCUGCGUGACUGUGAACCCCUACAAGUGGCUCCCGGUCUAUAACCCAGAGGUGAUAAAUGGAUACCGUGGGAAAAAGCGUCAGGAGGUGCCUCCUCAUAUCUUCUCCAUCUCUGACAAUGCCUAUCAGUAUAUGCUUACAGACCGAGAGAAUCAGUCUAUCCUUAUCACCGGAGAAUCUGGCGCUGGGAAGACUGUGAACACUAAGCGUGUCAUCCAGUACUUUGCGACAAUCGCAUGUGUUGGAGACAAGAAAAAAGAGCAGUUGUCUGGAAAACUGAAGGGCACCCUGGAAGAUCAAAUCAUCCAGGCCAACCCGCUGCUGGAAGCUUUCGGGAAUGCCAAGACUGUGAGGAAUGAUAAUUCCUCUCGCUUUGGCAAGUUUAUCAGAAUCCACUUUGGAACAACAGGGAAGCUGGCCUCAGCCGAUAUUGAAACUUACCUUCUGGAAAAGUCCAGGGUGACGUUUCAGCUCCCAGCAGAAAGGAGCUACCACAUCUUUUAUCAGAUUCUGUCCAACAGGAAGCCAGAUCUGAUUGAGAUGUUGCUGAUCACCACCAAUCCAUAUGACUAUCCUUACAUCAGUCAAGGGGAGAUCACAGUUCAGAGCAUUAACGAUACUGAGGAGCUGAUGGCGACAGACAGUGCCAUUGACAUCCUUGGAUUCAACUCUGAGGAGAAAGUUGGCAUCUACAAGUUGACUGGAGCAGUGAUGCAUCAUGGGAACAUGAAGUUCAAGCAGAAGCAGCGUGAGGAACAGGCAGAGCCUGAUGGCACUGAGGUGGCUGACAAAGUCGCUUACCUGAUGGGCCUGAACUCUGCUGAUCUGCUGAAAGCUCUGUGCUACCCCAGAGUGAAGGUUGGGAAUGAGUAUGUCACUAAAGGACAGACUGUUCAACAGGUGAAUAAUUCCAUGGGUGCCCUGUCGAAAGCUGUGUAUGAGAAGCUCUUCCUUUGGAUGGUCACCAGGAUAAACCAACAGCUGGACACUAAACUACCCAGGCAGCACUUCAUCGGUGUGUUAGACAUAGCUGGGUUUGAGAUAUUUGAGAUGAACAGUCUGGAGCAGCUGUGCAUCAACUUCACCAAUGAAAAACUGCAACAGUUUUUCAACCACCACAUGUUCGUCCUUGAGCAAGAGGAAUACAAGAAAGAGGGAAUCGAAUGGGAGUUUAUUGACUUCGGGAUGGACCUGGCUGCCUGCAUUGAGCUUAUUGAGAAGCCGAUGGGCAUCUUCUCCAUCCUGGAAGAAGAGUGUAUGUUUCCUAAGGCGACAGACACAUCCUUCAAGAAUAAGCUAUAUGAUCAGCACCUGGGCAAGAACAGUAUCUUCCAGAAGCCCAAACCUGCCAAAGGCAGGACUGAGGCUCACUUCUCACUGGUGCACUAUGCCGGCACUGUGGACUACAAUAUAACUGGCUGGCUGGAAAAGAAUAAGGACCCAUUGAAUGACACAGUGGUUCAGCUGUACCAGAAAGCAGGAGUAAAGCUGUUGAGCAACCUUUUUGCCACUUAUGCAUCAGCUGAUGCUGAAACCAGUGGAUUCAAAAAAGGAGGAAAGAAGAAAGGAUCCUCUUUCCAAACCGUCUCCGCACUUUUCAGAGAAAAUCUCAACAAACUCAUGGCUAACCUCAGGUCCACACAUCCUCACUUUGUGCGUUGCAUCAUUCCAAAUGAGACCAAGACCCCAGGGGCUAUGGACCAUCACCUUGUUCUCCAUCAGCUUCGCUGUAAUGGAGUAUUAGAGGGGAUCAGAAUCUGUAGGAAGGGCUUUCCCAGCAGAAUCCUGUAUGGAGACUUUAAGCAGAGGUACAGGAUUCUGAAUGCUAGUGCUAUUCCUGAAGGACAGUUCAUUGACAGCAAAAAGGCGUCUGAGAAACUGCUGUCGUCCAUUGAUGUGGACCACGCCCAAUACAAGUUUGGAUACACUAAGGUGUUCUUUAAGGCGGGUCUGUUGGGCCUUUUGGAGGAGAUGCGAGAUGAACGGCUGGCGGUGCUAAUGACCCGCAUCCAAGCUGUCUCCAGGGGUUAUGUUGCCAGACUGGAGUUCAAAGAGAUGACCAAGAAAAGGGAGUCCAUCUACAUAAUACAAUACAACAUCCGCUCAUUCAUGAACGUCAAAAACUGGCCAUGGAUGAGGCUGUUCUUCAAGAUGAAGCCGCUCCUUCGCAGUGCUGAGGCUGAGAAGGAGAUGCAGACGAUGAAAGAGGAGUUCGCCAGGCUGAAGGAGGAAUUUGAGAAGUCUGAGGCCAGGAGGAAGGAGCUGGAGGAGAAAAUGGUCGUUCUUGUCCAAGAAAAGAAUGACCUCUUCCUUCAGAUUCAGGCAGAACGAGAGAGUCUGUCGGACGCUGAGGAGAGGUAUGAAGGUAUGAUAAAGAGUAAAAUCCACUUGGAGACCAAGGUGAAGGAGUUCUCGGAGAGGAUAGAAGAAGAAGAGGAGAUCAAUGCUGAGAUAACAGCCAGAAAGAGGAAGCUGGAGGAUGAGUGCUCUGAGCUCAAAAGAGACAUUGAUGACCUGGAGCUCACCAUCGCUAAAGUGGAGAAGGAGAAGCACGCCACUGAAAACAAGGUGAAGAACUUAACAGAGGAGCUCAGCACCCUCGAAGAAGCUCUUCUGAAGUGUUCCAAAGAAACCAAAGCCCUCCAAGAGGUCCAUCAGCAAACGUUAGACGAUCUUCAAGCUGAGGAAGACAAAGUCAACACUCUAACUAAGACUAAGCUGAAGCUGGAACAACAAGUAGAUGAUCUAGAGGGGUCUUUGGAGCAGGAAAAGAAACUGAGGGGAGAUCUGGACCGGGCCAAAAGAAAAUUAGAAGGGGAUUUGAAGCUUUCCAUGGAAAAUAUAAUGGACUUAGAGAAUGUGAAGCAACAAAUGGAUGAAAGACUUAAAAAGAAAGACUUUGAAAUUAGCCAUCUGCAAGGUAAAAUAGAGGACGAACAAAUACUAAGCACCCAACUUCAAAAGAAAAUAAAGGAACUUCAGGCUCGAAUAGAGGAACUUGAGGAGGAAGUUGAAGCUGAACGUACCGCCAGAGCUAAGGUGGAGAAGCAGAGAGCCGAUCUCUCCAGGGAACUGGAGGAGAUCAGCGAGAGGCUGGAAGAAGCUGGUGGAGCCACCGCAGCUCAGAUUGAGAUGAACAAGAAGCGAGAGGCCGAGUUCCAGAAGCUGAGGCGCGAUCUUGAAGAGUCCACGCUGCAGCACGAGUCCAUCGCUGCCACUCUGCGCAAGAAACAAGCUGACAGUGUGGCUGAGCUCGGGGAGCAAAUCGACAAUCUACAAAGAGUCAAGCAGAAGCUGGAGAAAGAGAAGAGUGAGCUGAAGAUGGAGAUUGAUGACUUGGCCAGUAAUAUGGAGAGUGUUUUAAAAAUGAAGGCUGGUUUCGAGAAGCAGUGUCGCAACCUUGAGGACCAAAACCAUGAGUACAAAACAAAAUCGGAGGAGGCCCAGAGGGCGCUGAAUGACUACACUACCCAUAGUGCACGGCUGCAAACUGAAAAUGGUGAGCUCACCCGUCAACUUGAAGAAAAGGAAAUCACUAUUUCUCAGCUUAGCCGAGUGAAAAUAGUGUGCACCCACCAAAUUGAAGAACUUAAGAGGCAACUGGAAGAAGAAAUUAAGGCCAAGAACGCCCUGGCCCACUCCAUGCAGUCCGCUCGUCAUGACUGUGACCUUCUGAGAGAACAGUUCGAGGAGGAACAGGAGGCCAAAGCUGAGCUGCAGCGUGGAAUGUCCAAGGCCAACAGUGAGGUGGCUCAGUGGAGAACCAAAUACGAGACGGAUGCCAUCCAGCGCACUGAGGAACUCGAGGAGGCCAAGAAGAGACUUGCUCAGCGGCUUCAGGACUCUGAGGAACAAACCGAAGCUGUAAAUGCAAAAUGUGCCUCUCUGGAGAAGACCAAACAGCGGCUCCAGUCAGAGGUGGAGGAUCUCAUGGUGGAGAUUGAGAGGGCCAAUGCAGCGAAUGCCACCCUUGACAAGAAACAGAGGAACUUUGACAAAGUUCUCACAGAAUGGAAACAGAAGUAUGAAGAGAGUCAGUCAGAACUUGAGGGCUCCCAGAGGGAAUCCAGGUCUCUGAGCACCGAGCUUUUUAAACUCAAAAACUCAUAUGAAGAAGCUUUGGAUCACUUGGAGAACAUGAAAAGAGAGAACAAGAACCUUCAACAGGAGAUCACAGAUCUUUCAGAACAGUUAGGACAAUCCGCAAAGACCAUCCACGAACUGGAAAAAGCGGUAAAACAAGCUGAGCAGGACAAAAUUGAAGUCCAGACUGCUCUAGAGGAGGCAGAGUCUUCUCUAGAGCAUGAGGAGGCAAAGAUCCUACACAUUCAGCUGGAGCUGAACCAGGUGAAGUCAGAGGUAGACCGAAAAGUGGCUGAGAAAGAUGAAGAGAUCGACCAGUUGAAGAGAAACCACCAGAGGACGGUGGACAUACUGCAGAGUGCCCUGGAUUCUGAGACGCGUAGCAGGAAUGAAGCUAUGCGAUUGAAGAAGAAGAUGGAUGGAGACCUGAAUGAGAUGGAGAUCCAGUUGGGUCACGCCAAUCGCCAAGCAGCUGAGGCCAGCAAGCAGCUCCGUAACGUCCAAAUACAGCUCAAGGACACUCAGGUGCAGCUGGACGCUGCUCUCCAUGCUCAGGAGGACCUGAGGGAGCAGCUGGCCAUGAUCGAGCGCAGGAACACUCUGCUGACGGCCGAAAUCGAGGAGAUGAGAGCCGGGCUGGAACAAUCGGAGAGGAGCAGGAAGAUGGCAGAGCAGGAGCUGGUGGACAUGAGUGAGCGGACCCAGCUUCUUCACGCUCAGACAACAAGUCUCCUAAGCACUAAGAAAAAGAUGGAACUGGACAUCAUAAACCUGCAGACCGAGGUUGAAGACACUGUUCAGGUGGCGAGAAAUGCAGACGAGAAAGCCAAGAAAGCUAUCACAGAUGCAGCCAUGAUGGCGGAAGAGCUGAAGAAGGAGCAGGACACCAGUGCUCAUCUGGAGAGGAUGAAGAAGAACCUGGAGGCCACAGUUAAAGAUCUGCAGCAGCGUCUGGAUGAAGCUGAACAGAUUGCUAUGAAGGGUGGAAAGAAAGAGCUUCAGAAACUGGAGACAAGAGUCCGAGAGCUGGAGAACGAGCUGGAGGCAGAGCAGAAAUGGGGUGUGGAAACCAUGAAAGGUGUUCGGAAAUAUGAGAGGAAAAUUAAAGAACUUACAUACCAGUCUGAGGAGGACAAGAAGAAUGUAACCAGAUUGCAAGAUUUGGUCAACAAGCUACAGCUCAAAGUAAAGACUUACAAAAGACAGUGCGAAGAGGCGGAGGAGCAGACCAGCAUCAAUUUGUCUAAGUUUAGGAAGCUUCAGCACGAGCUGGAGGAGGCUGAGGAAAGAGCCGACAUCGCUGAGUCUCAAGUCAACAAACUCCGAGCCAAGAGUCGAGAGAUUGGGGGAAAAGGAGAGUAGCAGAGUUUGAAUUCAUAGUGGAAUUUAAUGAGCAUGAGCUUUUCUUAUAAAGUAAUAUUUUUGUACCUUCUGUAGUUUGAAAUUUUGCCUGAAAGUCAGGUCCAGACAUAUACUACUUUUUGUAGCUGUUUACCACAAAUUAUUGGAUAUUUAAAUUAAAUUAAUAUUUGACAAAUUGUCAAAUCAAUAUAAUUAUAAUUGUUAGUCAGUCCAAUUAUAAUAAAUAAAUAAAUAAAUAUUAAAUAAAACUAUUUAUACGCAGUGUACACACAGUAAUCAACACCAUUCAAAAGUUUGGACACACCCUCUCAUUCAAUGUUUUAAUUUUUUACCCCUACAUUGGAAAUGAAUACUGAAGUCAUCCAGACUAUGAAGGAACACAUAAAGAAUCAUGUAGUAACUUAAGUGUUAAACAAGCUAAAAUACUCUCUGAAGCAUUUACAUAACUCUUAUCUUGGUGGAUGUUAACUUGUGGUUUCUGAGGCUGAUGAACCUAUCCUGUGCAACAGAGGAAACUCUUGGUCUUCCUUUCCUGGGGCGGUCCUGAUGAGAGAGAGUUUCAUCAUAACAAAGCUCAUCUAAUUCAUCUAAGAAAGAGGUUCUUAUACACAGUUCUUAUAAGCGUUUUCCUGCCCACUUCACCAGAGUUACAUAGUGCAUUUAGCAACAUUAUAAGCCCAGAUUACCAAUGAUGGAUAGUGUUAAACAAGCUAAAAUACUCUCUGAAGCAUUUACAUAACUCUUAUCUAGGUUGGUCUUAACUUGUGGUUUCUGAGGCUGGUAACUCUAAUGAACCUAUCCUGUGCAACAGAGGAAACUCUUGGUCUUCCCGAUUCCUUGGUCCUGAUGAGAGACAGUUUCAUCAUAACAAAGCUCAUGUAAGUCAUCGUAGCAAGAUGUGCUACUUUGAAAAAUGUAAAAUAUAAAACACGUGCUGAAUUGUUUAACACUUUUUCAUUUACUAAAUAAUAGUUUGGGUGACUUUAGUGUCAAUCUACAAAUAAUAAACAUUUUAAAACAAGGGUGUCCAAAAACACUCAAAUUAAAGCUGAGUUUACUGAAUUUGACGCAUAUAUGACUUGGGUUACACAAUAUUACACAAUUCUUAUAAGCAUUUCUGUGCCCACUUCAACGGAGUUACAUAGUGCAUUUAGCAGCAUUAUGAAUUUAGAGUAGCUUAAUGGAGAUGCAUCACAAAUAUUUUUAAAAGCUUAAACUUUUAAAGCUUAAAAUCUGAUCUUCUUCCGAUCUGCUGUGGUAGACAGCUAAAAAAAAUAAUAACUUUAUAUGUAUGGACCUGACUAUAUACACACACAGUGUAGUAGUUAGUGUGGGUAUUAUAAAUAAGAUAAACAUAUUAAUCCCUAUUAUGCAAGUCCAGUAUUUGUGUUUUAUAGUGAGUUGUCUGCUUCAAGAUUUAUUCAAUGAAAUAAAAAAAAUCUGAUA